UCGGCUUCAUCACUACUUGCCCGAUUGGGGAGGCCUCCAUCAUCCACGCUCGCCUGACGGCUGCUGCCACUGCCAGCCCGCCCCGCCGCCCAUUAAUGCCCUGCAGCUACCGACCCACAGCGAGGCCGGCCGGCGAUCGAUAAAAAGGCGCACCGGCCAGCUAGCUAAGCUCAUCCUCCUCUUCCUCCUCCUCCUGCUGCUGCUGUGUGCAUGUCUCCCGCGGAGAAGGCGAAGAGGAGAGCCAAGAUGUGGAGGACGGCGGCGACGGCGGCCGCCGUGCUGCUCCUGGUGGCGGUGGGCGCCGCGCCCGCUGCCUCCGGCGUGGCGGCCGGCGGCGCGGGCCGCGCCACGGCGGCGGCGGCGGCGGCGGCGGCGGCGGCGAAGCCGAGGAGGAUCCUGGUGGACACGGACAUGGACACCGACGACCUCUUCGCGCUGCUCUACCUCCUCAAGCAGAACCGCUCCGAGUUCGACGUCAAGAGAGAGACGACCGGCCUUUGACCAGCGCUGCUCCUACCUGCAUGUUUCAACGCCAUUUGUCCACAGGAUAAGCCGUCUUGUCGAUGCUCUCUGCGUUGCGUUUGUGUGCUGAGUGAUCGAUCGAUCGAUGUGAUGUGACACGGGCGCUUCUUCUUUGCACGUACACAAUGCGCUGCGCGUGCGCGUGCGCAGGCCAUCACCAUCAACGCCAACGAGUGGAGCGACGCCGGGCACGCCGUCAACCACCUCUACGACCUCCUCCACAUGAUGGGCCGCGACGACAUCCCCGUCGGCGUCGGCGGCGACGGCGGCGUCUCCGACUCCGGCGCCCUCCGGGGCCCCGACGUCGGCGGCUACCUCCCACUCAUCGACCAGGUGACCUAGUCCGGUGUAGUGUGUCCAAGAAAGCUGCAGAUCGAUGCCAGCGAUGUGUGUACUGCAGGGCACGUCGACGGCCGGCGGCUGCAGGUACAGGCAGGCGGUCCCGGCGGGGCGCGGCGGGCGGCUGGACGUCGACACGAACUCCGGCGUGAGGAGGGGGUUCCUGCCGCAGGGGCGGCGGCGGUACAGGCCGGUGACGCAGCCGACGGCGCAGCGGGUGAUGGCCGACACGGUGUCGGGGGGGCCCACCACCGUGCUCCUCUUCGGGGCGCACACCAACCUGGCGCUCCUGCUCAUGGCGCACCCGCGCCUGGCUCGGAACAUCGACCGCGUCUACGUCUCCGGCGGCGCCGUCAGGGCGGCGGACCCCGCCGGCAACCUGUUCACCGCCUUCGCCACCAACCCGUUCGCCGAGUUCAACAUCUUUGGAGACCCCUUCGCUGCUUAUCAGGUCAUACAUUCCGGGAUUCCAAUCACGAUGAUUCCUCUUGAUGCGACCAACACAAUUUCGGUCACCGAGGAAUUCGUUUCUGAAUUCCAACAGCAUCAGCAAACUUACGAGGCACAGUACUGUUUCCAGUCACUUGAUAAGGUCUUGAUGAGGCUGAGGGGACGAUCCAACGGCCAUGGCAACACGAGCUACUACAUGUGGGAUUCCUUUGCUGCUGGUGUGGCUCUCUCUAGCAUGCGCAAUGGCGAGGUUGAUGGUGAAAAUGAAUUUUCUGAGCUUGAAUAUAUGAACAUUACAGUGAUAACUUCAAACAAACCGUAUGGUAAACGUGACGGCUCGAACCCCUUUUUCGAUGGCCGUGCUACUCCUAAACUUGGCCUGAAAGAGGGUGGAGUUCACAGUGGCCAUGUUCAGACUGGAAUAAGAGAUAGCUUCUGCCUGGUACCGGGAAGCAACAGAGGGAGAUGCGAGGAUGGAUACACUAGAGAAGUGUCUGGUCCAGAAGGAGUUCGGGUUCGUGUUGCAACAAGAGCAAAGCCUAACACGGAUAAAAAUAGUUCACUAGAAAAGGAAUUUUCCAAGAGCUUCUUAGAGGUCUUAAAUCGUCCCGAACAAACUGGGCUUUUCAACAUCAAUACGCAGUUCCCAUAUUAUAGAGAAGUUCUUUACAAGCCGGUUUUCAGAAAUGUGAGCAGGGGGAAGCCAGUCAUUUUUGACAUGGACAUGAGCCCUGGAGAUUUUGUUUCCCUAAUAUACCUCUUGAAGACACCAAUAGAAGUAAUAGAUCUAAAGGCUGUUUUGGUCAAUGGCAAUGGCUGGGCAAAUAUUGCGAGCAUCGAUAUCGUUUACGACAUUCUACAUAUGAUGGGCCGCGACGACAUUCCAGUAGGCCUAGGCAAUACCACUGCAUUGGGAAUUCCAACCCUUGGCUGCAACAAUUCUUAUGCUAUCCCCCAUGGAAGUGGUGGUUUUAUUGAUUCAGAUACACUGUAUGGACUAGCCAGGUCACUGCCAAGAAGUCCUAGAAGAUAUGCUCCUGAAAGUUUAGAUCACCCAGAAGAUCGGCAGCCUUUGGCUCUUGAAGUUUGGCAAUCUGUCAGGAAGCAGCUUGAUCCAGGCGAAAAGAUCACUGUUCUUACUAAUGGACCUCUCACCAAUAUGGCCAACAUUUCACUCUCUGACAGGGAUGCAAGUUCUGUAAUAGAGAGAGUCUAUGUUGUUGGUGGACUCAUCAAAGAUGGAGGCGAUGAGAAUGGAAAUUUGUUCACGGUUCCAUCAAACAAACAUGCAGAGUUUAACAUAUUUCUUGAUCCACUAGCUGCAAAAACAGUCCUGGAAUCUGAUCUGAAAAUCGCACUCAUUCCUCUUACGGCGCAACGAAAGGCUGCAUCAUUUCGGGCUGUCCUUGCGGCUUUGGAAGACAUCCAGCAUACCCAUGAAUCAAAAUUUGUCCAUGAAUUGUUGUCGUUGCUGCAAGAACUUCAGAUCAAACAGAAGCUGUAUCAUCAUUUGGACAUAUUUCUGGGAGAAAUUCUUGGAGCAGUUUACAUGGUUGAAGGAUCAGGACUGAAACCUUCAGUGGAACUCAAGCCAGUAAGUGUUAUUGCCAACACAAACAAAAGCACGGACGGGCAGAUUGUCAUCAGCAAGAAUAGUGCAAAGCUGGUAAGGGUAUUGAGCGAUUUCGAUGGUGAAAUAUAUAGCAAACAAUUGGCAAAUUCUUUAGCAAACAAGAGACAGUCUGCCGUUAUUGGGAGUUUUGAAGAACAAAAGGCAAUUUGGAGCAGGCCGGUAAAUAGUUCAGGGAAUAUAAAAAAACAAAAGUGAACUUUUGUAGUAGCAUUAGCGUGCUAAAAAAAUAUAUUAAAGAUUACAUAGCACAGGUAAUAAGAAAGCUGACAUGAUAAUGCUUGAAGUGGCUGAAGAACGGGUGUCACUGGGUGCUGAAGAAUCGCUCCAUGAGUCGCGAAGUAACCUGGAGAAUUAAUCAUUUAUCUUUUUUCUUUUGAUUACACAAAAAGGAAAAUUAUGUUUCUUUCUGAAUUUUGUACCGUAGUUGAGCAUUGAUGUGACCAGCAAAUCUGGGAUACGUUUUUCAGUUUGUGCUCUGAACCACUGAAUCAUUCAAGCAGUAUAAAUAAUUACAGUCUGAAAUUAUUUACCUCUGCGGCAAAUCAAGCCGUUUUUACCAAAAGAAUA